AUGGAUCUCACAGAGAGCAGGAAAGAGAACAAUGCUUCCACAGUCACCCAAUUCGUCCUUCUGGGAUUCUCAGACCUACCAAACCUCCAGGGGUUUCUCUUUGGUAUGUUCUCCAUAAUGUACUUAAUUAUCCUAAUUGGAAAUGGCUUCAUAAUUGUGAUAACCAGAAUUGAUCCUUCACUGCACAAGCCCAUGUAUUUUUUCCUGGCAAACUUUUCUUCUCUGGAAAUCUGUUAUGUGUCAGUCACUCUUCCUAGAAUUCUGUACAACAUCGGUACUCAGAAUAGAAACAUCUCCAAGCUGGCCUGUGCCACACAAACAUGCUUCUUCCUUAUGCUGGGAGCCACUGAAUGUUUCCUUCUGGCUGUGAUGUCUUAUGACCGCUAUGUGGCCAUCUGCAAUCCUCUGCACUAUCCCCUGGUUAUGAACUCAAUCAAGUGCAUUCAGCUAGCAGCAGGCUCCUGGCUCGGCGGCAUCCCAGUCCAGAUAGGACAAACCUGUCAGAUAUUCUCUCUUCAUUUUUGCAGUUCUAACCAAAUCAACCACUUCUUCUGUGACUUACCUCCCAUUCUCAAGCUAGCCUGUGGAAACACAUUUAUUAAUGAGUUGUCUGUCUACCUAGUGGCUAUCCUCUUUGCUGCUUUUCCUUUUAUGUUGACUCUUGCUUCUUAUAGCAAAAUCAUUGCCACCAUUCUGAUGUUACCAACAGCCACAGGACAGACAAAAGCCUUCUCCACAUGUUCUUCCCAUUUGCUUGUGAUAUUUUUGUUUUUUGGAUCAGCUGCUGUUACUUACUCAAAAACAAAGUCCACACAUUCUCCAGAAACUGACAAACUAUUUUCUCUGUUCUACACCAUUGUGACUCCCAUGUUCAAUCCUUUGAUAUACAGCCUCAGGAACAAGGAUGUGAUUGCUGCAUUGAGAAAAUUGUUAAUUGGAAAAAAAGGCAAACUUUUGUGUACUAAUUUCUAA